AUGUUAAGCUAUCUUGGAGACAACUCUGGAUCUAUAAGAGAGAGACAAGUGCAUAUGGGUCAUCCGGCACUGACGAGUGCUUCUGGGCCAUUCGGCACCGGUGAGUGCAUUUGGUCCAUCCGACACCGGCGAUUGCAUUUGGGCCAUCCGGCACCGGUGAGUGCUUCUUGGCCAUCUGGCACCGGCGAGUGCAUUUGGGCCAUCUGGAACCGGCGAGUGUAUUUGGGCCAUCCGGCACCAGCAAGUGCAUCUGAGCCAUUUAGCACCGACGAGUGUUUCUGGGUUAUCCGACACCGACGAGUACAUCUGGGUCAUCCGGAACCGGCGAGUGCUUCUAGGUCAUCCGACACCGGCGACUGCAUCUGGGCCAUCCGGCACCAGCGAGUGCUUCUAGGCCAUCCGACACCGACGAGUGCAUCUGGGUCAUUCGACAUCGGCCAUCUGACACUGGUGAGUGCAUCUGAGUCAUCCAGCACUGGCGUGUGCAUCAGGGCCAUCCGACACCGGCGAGUGCAUUUGGGCCAUCCAACACUAGCGAGUGUUUCUGGGUCAUCUGACACCGGCCAGUACAUCUGGGCCAUCCGGCACCGGCGAGUGCAUCUGGGCCAUCUAACAUUGACGAAUGCAUCUGUUAAGUUGUCAUAUGACAACUCUGUAUCAGAGAGAGGAGAUAGAAUAUUUGGGCAUUGA